AACACCAGUACUGGGGCUCAGACCUGCAACUUCCCCAAAUGCCUUUUGAAGAAAUCAUGUACAAUGAUGAAAGUGCCUACAAGUGGCUGUGCACCCUAAAGAAAGUAGGACUCGUGAUAUUAACAGGAGCUGCUGCUAGGCAGGGAGAGUUGAUUAAACUUGGCCACAGGAUUGGGUUUCUGCGUCUCACUUUUUAUGGACCAACUUGGCAAGUGCAAGACAAAGCAGAUGCUAACAAUGUAGCUUAUACAACCGGGAAACUAUGUUUUCACACUGAUUACCCUGUUCUGCAGCAUCCACCUGGGGUUCAGUUUCUCCACUGUAUAAAACAGACAGCCACAGGAGGUGAAACUGAAGUUGUAGAUGGAUUUCAUGCAUGCCAAAAGUUGAAGAAACAAAAUCCUCAGGCGUAUCAGAUCCUGUCCUAUACUGCUGUAGACUACACAGAUGUUGGGAGGGACUACUGUGAUUUUGCUGUGCAAUGUAAACAAAGAAUUAUAGACGUGGAUUCCAGAGGCCAAGUAGUUCGCAUCAAUUACAAUAAUGCAACAAGAGACACUGUGUUUGACAUACCAGCUGAAAAAGUGAGGCCAUUUUAUGCAGCUCUAAAGGAAUUCAAUGAUUUAUUAAACAGUGCAGAACUCAAAUUUACUCACAAGCUGAAACCAGGAGACAUAAUGACAUUUGACAACUGGCGUGUGCUUCAUGGUCGCCAAAGCUACCCAUCGGGUUCAGGAGCGACUCGUCACCUGGAAGGUGCCUAUGCAGACUGGGAUGUGGUCAUGUCAAGGCUCCGGCUCCUAAGGAAGAGGGUACUGAACAGGGACUGAGCUUUCUUCUAACUAGAAUGAACAAAACGUAGAUUGUUUA